GAACACUUGACCAAAGAAAGAAAGCCGCUGACUGGUCCGUGGGCCGCCAUGCAUGGCUUUGGCAGAAGGUGUUCCAGACGUUCGACUGGACUUGCCUCGAAUCCAGGAUGCCCGCGCUCUCUUUGAGCCCUUUUUGCCCUGCGAUGACACGCAGCUGCGGAAGAUCUAUUUGAGACUGGCACUGAAGUAUCACCCAGACAAGCUGCUUAAGGCGGAGCGUUCCGCGGCCACCGAGCUCUUCCAAGCCAUUGCAGCAGUCUACGAAGAUUUGCUGCGUCCCUUCGGUGGCAAGAUCCCCAAGCGCGUGAAGACACAGACUGCAGCUGCAGCCGAGCUGGGAGACGUCAAGGCUUUGCAGCGCCUUUUGAUUGAGUUGCCUUCGCGCGCCGUCGAGGAGGACUACGUGGGCGCGGUGCCUUUGAUGUUCGCGGCCAAGGGUGGGUGCAUCGAAGCAGCCGAGCUUUUGGUGAGAUACAACGCCGAUGUGCACGCCGAGACUCCCUUCGGCUGGUCCGUCUUGGUCUACGCAGCUUUGUCCGACCAGGGCCACAUGGUGCGAUGGCUGGCCAAAGAGGGUGCCCGAGUGACAGGCCACGAGUUGCAGCUGGCAGCCUUUGGUGGGUAUCAUAGGGGCUUGGAAGCUCUUAUCGAGCACUACGACCAAGAGCUCUCAGCGGUGAAAACAAGUUCAGGGAACACACUACUGCAUUUGCUGUGUUUGGGGAUCUUGAACAUUCCGAAGGGGCAACCGGAACGCUAUUUGAAGUGUCUCACGUUGCUGGCGCCUGCGGUACCACCGAAUGUCAUGGACUCCAAAAGAGGUCUCAGCCCGAUACAGCUGGUGGCGGGGCAUGGAAAUUGGCUUGAACACAACCUGGAAGCUUCCAACAUACAUUUGAAGUUUGUGGAGCAGCUGUGUGCUGCCAAAGCAGACCCGAAUGCCAUGGACAAGAAUGGGCAGAGCGCUGUGUCGUUGGCGCGGCGGAAGAACUUGAACCAGGUUGCAUCCAUUCUACAAAGAUUCGCUGCCUCGCGAUUGUGAGCGAGAAGAAACCAUUUCAUGCUGGGAUGUGAGAGGAUAUGCACAAACGCUGUGUAAAUUCUCAGCACAGAAUCGAGAGCUUUGUGCCCUUUCACAAUCCUGGCAAUGGUGCGGGCCUUUCAGCCAAUUUAGGCGCAGUUUUCUGACACAAAAAGGAUGGUGCAUUUGAGAACAUGC